AUGCUCUCGCAGCUUGUUCGCCAAAGAAGCGCCGCGGCGCAGCUUCGACUACUGAAAGGCCGCUCGCUCCUCCAAUCAUCGACAAAAUCUCGCCAUCAUUUCAACUCCAGUCGACUGGGUUCAUUAUCAUAUUCUUCCAGCAAUGCGUCCACAGAAAGCUCUCCCCGUCGUCCCUCUUUCCAGUCAAGCCGGACCCUUGCCACUGCUACAGACAACCACCUGACCGUCGACGGAAGCUCCUUUCUCUCAAACACCAAUACGAUCCUCGAGGAUAGUGAAUACAAUCCUGACUUUGGACACAGAGUUUGGGGACGUAAAUCGUGGGGUACGAAGGAUGAGUACUUUCCAUCGGCUGAUCCAAGUUCUCUCGUCAUCCUGGAGGAGUUCUUGCUCACCACACCAAAAGUGGCGAGGAAGGUCAAAGGCGUCGGAGGUGAUGAACGGGAGAUGCUGGCGAACUUUCAGCUGUCGCUCAGGGUUUUUCAAUUCGACCGAGCUAGCAAACUCCUCACUCGCUUGAGAGAGUAUUAUCCUAUCCACUCCUCUGGCUAUCUGGAUCUUCAUAACAAGUUUCUGGAAGCUAUGGUAUCUCACGCCAUUGAUACUGGGAAGCAGGAGUUGGCAUUGCAAGUUCAGAGAUGGUUUGAAGUGGACAUGCCUUAUGGCGAUGUUAAGCCGAAUGGGACGACUUUCGCAAUCAUGAUUCACCUGGCGCUCCGGAUGCUCAGUAACACUCAGCGCGAUAGAGCCGUUCGUCGGUAUUGGUCUUUUGCGAAAGGGGCAGAUCUGGAAGAAGAAGUUUUGGCUGACCCCGUCCUUUCCGAACGCGAGCUUGGACUGUUGUCGGAGAUCUGUUCCGCAGACCUCCAACGAGUUGCCAUUGACAGCAUGGAAUUUCGAACAAGCCAGAGUGAUGGACCACCGAUUCCCGAUGUUACCCCCGUCAGACCCACCGCACAGCUAGGAUCUGGUCUUUCCACUUUAAAGGAGUCGAUAGCCAUGUUUUCAUCCGCUAUUGUUCCUGUGAAAGCGGAUUCAGCCUCUGUGGAAACCACCGAGCUUUACAAUCAACGCCGACAAGAACAACUUGAAAAAGAUGUGAUGCGAUCGGCCCUUAAACGCUGGGAAGAUGAUAUGGAAACCUUCAAAAAGGUCAAUCCUAAUGCUCAGAUUCACAGCAAGCAACUGGGCCCUCUUCUGUACGAGUGGCAGCAAAGACUCACAGAAAACAUCAGGGAGGAAUUGAAGCUCGUUAAUGAAGCGCAAACGAACCCUAUACGGACCCAGCAACAAAAAGAUCGGUGUGAGUACGGUGUGUAUUUGCACGUGUUUGAUCCAGAACGACUGGCAUCAUUGACCAUCCUCGCUGUUAUGGGCUCUCUCAUCCGUCAGGGCCUGGAUAAAGGGAUAAAACUCUCCGUCCUAGUGUCGAUGAUUGGAAAUGAUCUGUACGACGAACUUAUGGCCAGCAAAGCCCUAGAGGCACAUAAGAACGCCGGAGCGAGCAAGGAACGUUUGAGUCAAAUGAAGAAAAUGCUCCACGGGCGUAAGAUGAAGCAGAACGAGGACCAGUGGCGAUAUCUGCUGCAAAAAAUGGAGAAAGGUGAUCCGCUCGUGGCCUGGCCUUCAUCUGCCAAGGCUCAAGUUGGAGCUGUACUGCUGGGUUUGCUCUUUGAAGCUGCGAAAGUUUCCGUUCGACAUAGUGGGCCCGACAAGGAGUCGGCCAGAUGGACCAAGCAGCCUGCCUUCCAGCACUCGUAUCAGAUCAACUGGGGCAAGCGAAAUGGAUACGUCCAUGUCCACCCUGCAUUUGUCAAGCUCGUUUCCAGGCAGCCAUCCCUGGAGUUGCUUGGUCGCCGCCUGCCAAUGAUUUGCAAACCUCGACCGUGGACUGGGUUCACUGAUGGUGCAUACCUCUUGCACAGUGACAGAAUAGUCCGUACCACUCCUGGCGAGAGCUUGCAACCCAGGUAUGUCCAGGCCGCAUUGCAGAACAACGGACUUGAGCAGAUACGUCAGGGGCUGGACAUUCUUGGCACCACUGGAUGGAACAUCAACCGCGACGUUUUCAAUGUUCAGCUUGAGGCCUGGAAUACCGGAGAUCCCAUUGCUGACCUCGCCCCUCUUGAACCCAAUCUACCCCACCCACCUAAACCGUCGCCCGAGGAGGGCCAUCAAGCCAUGAGAAAAUGGAAUGAGAGCGUGCAAGAGAUUGAAAACCUACGGAGUGGAUACCAUUCCCAGCGGUGCUUCCAGAAUUUCCAGUUGGAGGUGGCCCGUUCCUACCUUAAUGAAACCUUCUACUUCCCACAUAACAUGGAUUUUCGUGGCCGAGCAUAUCCUCUUCCUCCCUAUCUCAACCAAAUGGGCGCUGAUAACGUAAGGGGUCUUCUUCUCUUUAGCGAGGCGAAGCCGCUUGGGGAAAGGGGUUUGAGGUGGCUAAAGAUUCAGAUUGCCAACCUUGCUGGGUUUGACAAGGCCAGUCUUUCGGAGCGAGAGCAGUUCGCCAUGGACAACCUGGACGACAUUAUCGACUCUGCAAACAACGGUCUUCAUGGCCGGCGCUGGUGGCUCAAGGCUGAGGAUCCCUGGCAAUGCUUAGCCGCCUGUUGUGAGCUGCGAAACGCAUUGAACCACCCAGUUCCUGCCGAAUAUCCCUCCCGCUUGCCUAUCCAUCAGGAUGGCUCCUGCAAUGGUCUCCAGCAUUACGCUGCCCUUGGCGGUGAUCUUGAAGGUGCUCAGCAAGUCAACCUUGAGCCCUCUGACCGCCCAUCCGACGUUUACUCUGGCGUUGCCGACUUCGUCAAGCGAACCGUUUCACGGGAGGCCGCGGAGGGCAACCCUGUUGCGAAGCUUUUGGACGGAAAGAUCACCCGCAAGGUCGUCAAGCAAACCGUUAUGACGAAUGUUUAUGGUGUGACCUUUAUGGGAGCCAUGAAGCAGGUUCGAAGGCAGCUGGCAGACUACUAUCCUGAACUCACUCGCGUCGAAAGAAAUCAAGGAGCCUUCUAUGUCGCCGAAAAGAUCUUUGAAGCCCUGGGUUCGAUGUUCAAUGGAGCACAUCAAAUUCAGUACUGGCUCGGCGACUGUGCCAGCCGCAUCACCUCAGCGCUCAACCCGCAGCAGGUUGAAAUGAUUGCUCAAAAAUUCAUGACAGCCGGAGAUGAAGCCCCUGGUGAACGAGCCCACGCAUCCCGAACCACAGGUUCUGACCUGGCGAAAGAGUUCAAGUCGACCGUCAUCUGGACGACCCCGCUAGGUCUGCCUGUCGUCCAGCCGUAUCGGACUCGAGCUGUCAAGCGCGUGUCAACAACCUUCCAGUCAUUGAGUGUUGUCGAACCCACCUCUAGCACUAAUGUGUCUCGGCGCAAGCAACUGCAGGCCUUCCCCCCCAACUUUAUUCACUCUUUGGAUGCGACACACAUGAUGCUGUCUGCGAUUGCUUGCCGGAAAGCUGGCCUUAGUUUCUCUGCCGUCCACGAUUCUUUCUGGACGCACGCUUCGGAUGUUGAUACGAUGAAUGGGAUCCUCCGCGAUGAAUUUGUUCGGAUGCACUCCGAUGACGUGGUUAAGCGAUUGGCGGCAGAGUUUGAAGUGCGGUACGGACAGCACAUGUAUCUUGCCAGGGUGCCGAGAGCCGGCAAGAUCGGACUGGCGAUUCGCGACCUUCGGAAGGGCGGGGGCUAUACAUUGACCGGGGAGCUCGUUGCGGAACACAAGAGGCAGCAGCUGUUGAACUCCGACGAUCCGGAAAUGCAAGCUCAAGGGCGUGAAAUGAUUACACCAGCCGCUGUCUUUGAGAAGCUUGGUGGCACCGAUGACGAUCUCUAUAUCCCUCAGUCCCUCGGCCGCAGUAGGGCACCUAGCCGUGAAGAUCUGGAGGCUGCUAAAAAGCAGCUUGGCGAAAGUGACGAAACGGACCCGCUCGUUGACAGCCUCCUUACAGGCGACUUUGACAACGCGAACUCGCUUGCGUCGGAAGCCGGUGUGGAGGAAGCUACCGACCUUGAAGAACAUGCGGUGCCGAAGAAGAAGAAUCAAGCCCCCCUCGCGACUACUUAUUGGCUGUGGAUGCCGAUGCGGUUCCGAGAGGUGCCUAAGAAGGGCGCGUGGGAUUUGACGCGGAUUCGGGACAGCGCAUAUUUCUUUUCUUGA